AUGGCCGACGAAAUACCUGUUAUCCCGAAAGUAACAAGUUUGGUUGUUCACAGUGGGAAUAUUGUUAACUGGAACAGACUAAAACGGAAACCAAAUCAGACAUCGUCAGAGGAGCUUGUUGAAUGCAUGUCAAAUUCUCUGGAGAGUUUCUUUGAAGGAGCAGACAAAAACAAACUUCAGUAUGCUUCUGAGCUUGACUGUUCCCACUCAGAAUUUAAGAAGACCCUGGCUAUUAACAGUGAGCCGAGAGGUGAUCUCAAAAUAACAGUGAAAAUAUUCCUGUGCAGAUUGACGUCUCAAGACGUCAUUACACAGGCGGUAGACAAAGUAUUAACAGAGUUGGAAGCCUCCUCUUUGGAUGUAGUUCUUUUAGCCUUCCCUGAUCUGGAUGAGGAUGCCAAUAUACUAGAUCUGAUCUUGCCAUACUGGCAGACUCUGGAGAAACUGAAUAAGGAAGAGAAAGUCCAUUCAAUAGGCAUAUCGGACCUUGACAAGGCUGCUCUGGAGGAGCUGUAUAACUGUGCAGAGAUAAAACCAACCAUCAACCAGGUGAAUCUUGAAUCGUGCUGUGUAAUGCCAAAGGACCUGACUGAUUAUGCCAAAGAAAAUGACAUCCAGCUUCUGACACACAGUGACCCUCGAGACAUCCUGACAAAUGAGAAAAUAUCACAACUAAUGUCAACCAGAUGCACAGAAAAGGAUGGUGAGGGAUGGGACUCUGAUUGGGCUGCAAGAUUCUCUGUCAUGUUUAAGUGUCGAGGCAUCAUUAAAACAAAAGGGUAUAUCAUUCAAGCCUCACGAGACACAGCAAAAAGAAAGAGUACACAAGUGGUACUAUAGACAUCAUACAAAAGUAUCCAGUUAUUGUCGCUGUCACUAAGUGUCAGCUGGGAGGGGGAUUGGCGUUUCAAAUCAUUUUUAGUGUCCCACUCCAGUAAUUACAUGUAAAUAUUAUGUAAUACCUUUGUCAUGUUACAUUGUACACUGAAGGGAUCAAGUGGUGUUGUGUAAUAUUAUAUCAUAUGUGAUAUGUUUGUAUUGUUACACUAAAGUGACUCUUGAUGAUGUUGUCAUGGCAUGUUUCUUAAGAAGUUUUGUUUUGUAUACAGGAUUGAUAUUUUCAGCAACAAUAAACAUAAUAUCAAAUUGAGAUAAUAGUAAGUUUCUAGUACACAUAGAGCUUCACAUUGAAUGUGAUUAAUAUUAUACAUUAACACUGACAUAAUAUAUAUAUCAAUUAACGACAACAGGGUUGUUAAUAUUAAAUCCGAAUUCUGUUAAUUAACUUUUGUUUUUACAUGAAGAAGCUAACUUUCAGAUUUUGUGUCAUUGUUGUAUCAAAUGAUUUUACAUUGUCUACCUUUCUCUAUGGCUAGAUAACAGACCAUGCUUUAUAGUGGCUGUAUUACUAAACAAAAAUUUAUUCAUGGCACAGAGCCCUGUCUGGAUGGAGGUCAUUAAUCCAUUCUGGUCUAUGUGGAUAGUGACAAUCCAUCCACAGCACUAUGGACUGCCAAAAUGAAAACUGAUCAUCUGUCUGUGGCACAGUUGCCUGUCUAGAUAGAGACUGAUAUCUCUCUACGGCACAGUGGCCUGCUUAAAUAGAGACUGAUGAUCUCUCUAUGGCACAGUGGCCUGCUUAAAUAGAGACAGAUCAUUUGUCUACAGCACAGUGGCCUGUCUAGAUGAAGACUGAUCAUCCCUCUACGGCACAGUGGCCUGUCUAGAUAGAGACUGAUUAUUCCUCCACAGCACAUUGGCCCGCCUAGAUGGUGGAGGCUGACAGAAGAUCCUUCUAGAGGACAAUGGUCAGUUUAGGUGGAGGCUGACAGAAGAUCCUUCUAGAGGACAAUGGUCAGUUUAGGUGGAGGCUGACAGAAGAUCCUUCUAGAGGACAAUGGUCAGUUUAGGUGAAGGCUGACGGAAGAUCCUUCUAAAGGACAAUGAUCAGUUUAGGAGGGCCGACAGUAGAUCCUUCCACAGGACAUGGUUUGUCUAGAUGGAGGCUGACAGAUGGUUCUUCCACGGAGAAGGAGGUCUACAUGGAGGCUGACUGACAGUGUCCUGUGGAUGGAUCCUGUCAUUUAUAUAUUAAUAAGUAAUAUUUUAAAGAUUGCAUAUUAAGUAUUUAACCAUAUUAAACAAAAGGCUUAAGAGCCAAAUGAUC